AUGGGUGCUAGUAGCUCGAAACUGGUGUUCAAGAAGGGCAUCUUCAGGCUCUCUGAAGAGCGGCACAUACCUGCCGACGAUCCGUACUGGACCUCUUUUUGGGAGCUCCCCGAGUCCUCCGAAGAUGUCUUCAGCCUCUUCUCAGCCUCCGACAUCCGUCGAACCCGAGACAAAGCCCUCGAGAACCUCGAAACCCUCAUCCUCGCCAUAACCUCCCGCCUCUUCAUCCUCCGCCACCACCCCUCCUUCCCCGACCCCGAAUUCGCCCCCGACCGCGACGCCCUCAACUGCAUCCGCGUCCUAACCCGCCUGCUCCCCUACCUCUACGAGGCCGAGAACCUCCAGCAAUGGGAAGAACGCUUCUUCUGGGGCGCCCGCCGCAAGCGCACGCGCAAGUCCGUCGUCGCCAACGAGAUCCUCUUCGACGGCGGCACCGGCGACGGCCUCGACGGGCUCACGAGUCCCCGCCCCAAGCUGGACGAGUUCGAGGAGGCGAAGCCGUUGGCGGAGGAGCUCAUCGAUACGCUCGUCGAUCUGAUGUUCUUCUCGGGCUUGACGCUGCCGAGGCAGGCGAAUGGGAAGCCCAAGGUUACGUAUGCGAUUUGGCAGAGCGGUGUCGGGUGCAAUGCGUCGGUGGCGACGACGAAGGAGUUUGAGAGUAAUAGGAUAGAGAUUCUGAGGUUGCUUUUGACGUUGGCGGGGAAGAGCAUGUAUAUGACGCCGGCGGUGCUGCCGCAGAGGGGAGUGAGGGUGUUAACGCACCUUUGUACGUGUCCUGAUAAGCAGAUUGUGCUCUCAGUGCUUUGCUCGCUGCUGAAUACGUCUCUCAAGUACAAUCCCGCUAGUUGGAGAGUACCGUACAACGCCCUCGUUUUCAAGGACGCCAAGCAAGUCCUUGUGACAUAUACCCUUCAACUCCUUCUAACCCUCUUACUAUAUCCGAUCCCAGAGGACCAAGAUAGCACUGGCGCACCGAAGCGCAACUACUACCGCCACUUCCUGGGCCGGCUCCAUCGGCCCCAAGACUUCCAGUUCAUCGUCGACGGCAUGACGAGAGUCCUACAGCAACCCCUACAGGAAAAGACGUCAUACAUUCCCGCGGGGACUCAUUCGACGGGGACUCUGGUGCCCGAGAUGAUGAUGCUGUUCUGGGAAAUUACGCAGUGCAACAAGCGCUUCCGGUCCUUCAUCAUCGACACAGAGCGAGUCUACGACUUUGUCAUAUUAACAGUCUUUCAUGCCUUGGAGUACAAGUCGGAUCCGUCGAAGCAGGGCGUGGUGCGGAUGUGCGCUUUCCUGCUCCAGACGCUGAGCGUUGAGAAGAACUUUGGCGUCAACUUGAAUAGGUACUUCGAGACGCAGGAGACGUUACCGCCUUCGAUUCGGAUUGCAGGGUUUAGCGGCACAUAUGCCGACUUUCUCAUUCAUUCCAUCUACAACUUGAUCACAGGGAGUCAGGGCAAACUCACGGCGAUCUAUCCGGCCCUCGUGGCUGUCAUUAACAACAUUGCUGCGUAUAUCGAGGGCCUCAGCUCAGCGUCGUGCUCAAAGUUGAUGCAGCUCUCUUCGUCCAUGUCUUCGCCGUCGUUCCUCCUUGCGAAUGAUACGAAUCAUAGUCUUCUCCGCUCUCUCCUCGAGGCAAUGAACGCCAUCAUCGAGCACCAAUACAAGAAAAACCCCGCCUUCGUGCACGCCGUGUUGAAGAACCGGAAGAAGAUCGAAGCCCUACGAGCCUUUACGCUAGAAAGCGGUCAAGAGGAAAUCGAGAGGCGCAACCGCCAGAGAAAGGAAGCCGCCGAGCACGGCGGUGAGCACCACGAGUCUGUGCGCAGCUCGGUUGAUAGCAUCAAUAGCCACCAUGCGGCGACGGCGCUUCACCCUCACUCCCCCGCCGUCAGCGACGUGCCCGAGGAAUCCGGCGCCUUCGCCAUUGGAGACGACGAUAGCGAUGACGAUGAAGACGACCACCGCCCCACGCCCGCACAGUCCACGACGAGCGAGAAUCCCUCGCAGGCCUCAUCGGCCGUCGACGUCAACGAUGCCGUGCCCACCCAGCUCCGUGGCAUGUCCGAAAAAGCCCGCGGCAAAAUGCCCGCCGGCACCCCCACCUUCUCGCGCCAAAACAGCACAACAAGCCUCCUCGAGAGCCACCAUCGUUCCUCAACGACCAUGUCCUCGCACCCGGGCGGCGGCGGUGCCUUCGAGCCCACGCCCCAAUGGAUCGAGAGCUGGCUCCCCGAACUGCCCCUCCACACGAUGCUAACCGUCAUCCAGCAGCUCACGGCUCUCCUCCCGCGCCAAGCCCUCGCGGCCGACCAUGCCUCGCGCGAAACCCUCGCGCGCAUCCAAGAGAUCGAACCCAUCGGCAUCGACCCUUCCCCGAUCCGCGUGCACACCUUCGAGUGGUCGCCGCUCUCGCUCGGCUGGUACGAGUCCCUCCUCUGGGGCUUCGUCUUCAGCGCCGAGAUGCAGCCCGCCAAGGGCACCGUGGGCGUCUGGAACGGCACGGCCAUCAAGCUUUUCAGGGUCCAGGAGACGGCGAGGACGGGGCCGUCGCUUACAUCGCCGAGGGGCGCGGUGGAUGCGGUGGGGGAUAGUAUUGUUUCGAGGAUUGGGGCUAUUAAUCUGAGGACGGCGGGGGAUGCGGCGCAGAGGUUGCUUGGGGAGGGGGUUACGAUUCAUGGGCCUGGUGGUGGGAGUGGUGCGCAGGCUGGGUCGAGGGGGGAGGGGCAGCAGCAUAGAGAGGGAGGGCAGUGA